CUUAUGCAUGUACAUGAUGACAACGCUUCUACGUUAUUCAUCUCUUCUCAUUGUCUUGGUAUUUCUUCAAAACAUUUCCAUCUCAAAAGCCCUUAAAAGCAGUUUGAGAGUGGAGAUGAUCCACCGUGAUUCACCAAAAUCACCAUUUUAUCGUCCCACGGAAACUCAUUUCCAACGAGUUGAAAAUGCCAUUCUUCGUUCCAUCCAUCGUGCUAAUUACUUGAAACUCGACUCAAACGAUGUUGAGAGCACUAUAACACCAGCUUCAGGAGAAUACCUGCUGAACUAUUCAGUUGGAACUCCACCAGUCCAAAUCCUCGGUAUAGUUGAUACUGGUUCAGACUUAAUUUGGAUGCAAUGUCAGCCUUGUAAAGACUGUUACAAACAAGACAGACCCAUAUUUGAUCCUUCAACUUCAAGGACAUACAGUACUAUGCCUUGUGUUGCUGCUGAUUGUCUGACUGGGACACAUGCUUUUUGCAAUUUUAACAAUGGAAAGCACUGUGCAUAUAAAAUGUCCUAUGCUGAUGGAUCAAAUUCAGAAGGAGAUUUCAGUUGGGAGACCAUUAGUCUAUAUUCCAGUUUGGAAGAUGUUCCUGUAGCAUUUCCUCAAACUGUGAUUGGAUGUGGACACAACAACUAUGGAAUCUUUGGUGAGAAAAGCUCUGGCAUAGUUGGCCUUGGAAUCGGACCUUUCUCACUUGCAAGUCAGUUAAAACCUAAAACAGGUGGAACAUUUUCCUAUUGUUUGACGCCAAUGUAUGAAGGAGAUCGAAAACCUAGCUAUCUCCAUUUUGGAGAUCGUGGUGAGGUUACUGUUGAAGGUGCCGUUUCAACCCCUUUAAUCAGAGACAUAGCACGGCCAUCCGUGUACUUCGUGGUGUUGGAAGCAAUCAGUGUGGGAAGCAAGAGAAUAGAGUUUCCCAGAAAUGGUGAAGAUGGAAACAUCUUAAUUGACUCAGGGGCAGCGCUCAGUUAUUUGCCAGAUGAGGUUUACUCAAGUUUGGAAGGAGAAAUGGUAAAUGAAGUUAAUUUACCUCGUACUGAUAGCCCAAUAAAAGGUUUGAGGUUGUGCUUCGGAAUUACACCUGGUGAAGAAUAUCAUAUACCAACAGUGUUUGCACAUUUUAAAGGUGGUGGAACUGUGGAAUUGCAUUCUAUCAACACCUUUGUCAAGGUCAGGGAAACUAUCAUAUGUUUGGCUUUCCGUUCAGGUUCUGAAGCCAUUUUGGGGAAUUUAGCACAGCAGGAUAUCUUGAUUGGCUAUGACACACAACGCAACACAGUGACCUUUCUCAACACAGAUUAUAGUGGAAGUGGUUACCCAGAAGGAAAUGAUGGAGCUAAAGUUGGUGCUGACCAACUUCUAUCUUCUUCCCUUGUUGGGGAUGGAGGAGCAAGUUGGAGACUCAAAAGUCUUAAAGCGUUCACAAGAACAAGCAGCUCGAGAGAACAAAACUUUAAUGAGGUUGUGAAAGAAAGGUGGGGUACUCUGGGUGAGUUGAUCGCAACUGUUGCAUCUAAUGCAGCUGCUCCUGCUCGAACACAUCUACGUGCUAUAAAAAAUAGACAAAAAGGGAUAACGGAAGAAAACUCUCCAGAUUCUGACAAGCAUGGUGGAAGGGCUCUAAUAAAAGGGCAAACUGAAAAUGUAUACUGCUACAGAAUUGGCCUUGAGGCUUGUCGAGCUAGAAAAGAAGGUAAUCAAUUGAAUGCUGAAAAAUUGGCUGAAAUUGAAGCUAAAUUUGGUUAA